GUCUGCAUAGGUGGAGCAAAACGGAGCGCAGUGUGACAAAAUACCAAAAAGAAACAACAAACCCGGGUGUGUCGGAUGAAAGAAAGAACAGGUGAGCAGCUGUUAAACCUUUUGCAUUCAUCCAGUGAUGAGCUGGUGGAAACGAACAAUAGGAGGCAUUUUUCAUGAAUGAGUAGUGUGAUUGCGAUGUUCACCUGUAACGCGCUUGACUAGUUUAAAAGUAUCUGCUUGAUUGGACUGGCCAACAUUUGAUGUCACUCACUGGACUUGAAGGAACCGACUUGGUGCAGCCUCCUCCUCGAGAUAACACCGUGUCGUGAUGGAGUGGCGCGAGCAGUCCGCAGUCAGCUGUGAUGAAGCCUACCUGGAGGCGCAGAGAUGGAUUGAGGCAGUAACCAAGAAAAAAUUUGGGAGCGACGACUUCCGAUCAGCGCUGGAGAAUGGAGUUCUGUUGUGUGAUCUGAUCAACAAGAUCAAGCCUGGUGCCAUCAAGAGGGUUAACAGGCUGCCCACACCUAUUGCUGGACUGGACAACCUGAACGUCUUCCUCAAAGCCUGCAGGAAGCUCGGACUAAAGGAGGCACAGCUCUUUCACCCGGGAGAUCUCCAGGACUUAUCCACAAGAGUUACAGUCAAGCAUCAAGAGACCAACAGGAGGCUGAAAAAUGUAUUGAUCACCAUUUACUGGCUUGGAAGAAGAGCUCAGUGUGACCGUUUCUAUGAUGGACCUUACCUGAAUUUGAAGGCGUUUGAAGGCUUAUUGGGCACAGCACUAUACAAGGCUCUGCAGGAAUCGUCCAGUCAGAAAGGCAGCAACGUCAGAGACAGCGGUUUUGGCGAUAGCUGGUACUCAGAGCGAGAGGAGCUCUUCCAACUGAGAGGAGGAGUAGUAGGAGGAGGAGGCGGCGGACACAGGAGAGACGACUCCCUGGACAGCUUGGACUCUUUGGGCUCCCGACCCCAGAGCAUCUCAUCUGACACCACUCUCAAAGGCAGCAGCGAGGGUUGUUGCAGUGACACCGAGGCAGACUCCGUCUUCAGGAUGGCCGAGAACAAGGACGGUAUCUCUUACCGCCGGUCAGUAAACAUCACGCCCAAGGCCAGCGCCCAGUUUAACCAGUUCCUGCCCACUAAAGACAAAUCUUCAGGCUACGUGCCUGCGCCGCUAAGGAAGAAACGGGCCGAACGCAAUGAGGACAGCCGGCGCAGCUGGGCCAACCCCACAUACGCGGAGGAUGAAGGCCCACUCACCAGACAGCGGGGAGAGAGUUUCGACGGGAGUAAAUCAACAAGCGAUAUCCAGGUCGACCCCACCAUCAUCCGGCAGAUUCGCUACGAGGAGCUGCAGAAGCAUCGCGAGCAAGUAAAGGACAUCGAGGAUAAGUGGCAGGAUGACCUGAGCAAAUGGAAGAACCGGCGCAGGAGUGUCAACUCUGACAUAGUGAAGAAGAAAGAGGAGAGGGAGAUGAUAGAGCAUACCACGACCAGCAGCAGCAGAAGGUCCAAGACCUUCAAGGAGAUGCAAGAAGAGAGAGAAAAUAAAGGUCGUCUCGGAUCUCUGUCUUACCCGGACGACGCAGACGUAUUUGAUAAACCUGCCAUUUCCCCACAUCGCCGAACCCUUCCUCCCAGGAGCUACACUAUUGACACUCCCUACUAUUCCUCUGAUCCCCCUGAGUCUUCUCCAAAAGAGGACGAACCCCCAGCUGCCUCCCUAGCCACUGGCAGGGCCGCAUCCCCUCCCACCUCACGGGAAGUUGACAUUGUGGACAGUCCUGCGGGCAGCGACGCAACGACCACCAUCACUCCCGCCAGCCGCAGCUUUUACCACAGCUCCCAGACACCAGCAGCUGCACCUUUACAGAGGAGACCGGUCUUAGAACGCACCGGCGCAGUCAAGACAGAGGAAACCAAGACCACCGUGUCCUCUUAUAGCUCCCUGCAGAAGGUGCCCGAGCCAAGGCGCCCAUUGUCGGGCAUACAGACUGAGGCGGGGGCCCCCUCCUCUGGUUUUCUGUACAAACAACAACCACAGCCCAGUUCAAUGGAACCCAAGCCUCCCGGGGUGUCUCGGGUUUCCGCCUCCCUCCCCAGGAGCUACCAGAGAUCGGAUAGCGCACGUCUAACCUCAGUUGUCACGCCAAGGCCCUUCGGGACCCAGUCGUCCCGCCUAACCUCACUUCCCAGAGCCUAUACAGUGGACGACCCUCAGAAGCGCGUCAACGGCGACACCGAUGUCUCUAAGAAGUCGUCGGUGCCGAGCCGCUAUCGCCAGUUCAUGACCUCUGAGGACGAGACUCAGUCUCAGUCCAGCUCGGCCCACAGCAGCGAAGACGAGAAGGAGGAGGAAGAAGACAAGACUGCAGCGAAGAGCAUCACCUCUACUCAGAAGGUCUCACCCGUCCCUCCUCAGGUCAAGAGUGAAGUCCCAGUCAGUCCUGCUCCAGCCAAAGAAACCAGCCAGGAGAAGUACUGUGAGAUGCGGAUCAGCCUGAACCAGAAGCCCAACAGCAGCAAAGACUUUGGCUUCCAGGCGGCCUGGGACUCCACAGGAGCCCGUGUGACGUCCAUCCAGCCAGGCAGCCCGGCAGAGAUGUGCCAGCUUCAGGCCGGAGACGAGGUGCUGACGGUGAACGGGCAGCAGGUGGCACAAAUGAGCUACACAGACUGGAAGUCCUGCAUGGAGGAGGCGCUGCAGGAGGGCAGCCUGAUCAUGGAUAUACGCCAUCAUGGCAAGAGCAACUGGGACACAGAUCAACCUUCCCUGGCGUUUAAAAGCCAUAAGACCAUCAAUCUGACCAGUAUGGAUCACCCGAUCACACUUCUAGGUUCCUCCGACCCAAACACCGUCAGCUCCAGCCUGGAUUUCACCUCACGCGCUUCCAUGGAAAAGCUGACAUCCAAAGAGGCCCCCGCCCACCCAGUCGUCGACGUGGCUUCAAACGGAGUUAAUGGAGGCUUCCGUGAGCAGUCGGUGACCAUGAGAAACAAAGGUGGCUCAGGGUCCAGUGUCAGUGCGCUGGUCUACCUCUGUGGAGGAUCAGAGUCUGCAAUGCCAGAUAUACCUGUCCCUCCAAUCAUUCCGUCUUCCAGCCGCUGGUCUUGGGACCCAGAAGAGGAGCGCAAAAGACAAGAGAAAUGGCAGAAGGAGCAGGAGCGCCUCCUACAGGAGAAAUAUAAGCGCGACCAGGAGAAGUUGCAGGAGGAGUGGCUUAAAGAUCAGGAGGAGGUUGCCAAGAGCGUAGACGAACAAGAGCCUGGUAGCCUGGAGGUGAACAGACACAGCCUCAGCCCACACUCGCCCUACUCUCCCGUCAACCAGCCCACCUCUCCUCCGUGGGAAGAGGAAGAGAGAAAGAGGAAGGAGGAGCAGGAGCGCCAAAGGCAGGCAUUGGAGGAGGAACGCCAAAGGCAGGCGUUGGAGCAGGAGCGCCAAAGGCAGGCAUUGGAGCAGGAGCGCCAAAGGCAGGCGGAGGAGAGGAGGAAGAGGGAGGAGGAGGAGCGGGAGCUGCAGCGUCUCCAGGAGGAGAGACAGAGGAAAGAAAGGCAGGAGGAGGAAGAGAGAAAGAGGAGAGAGGAGGAGGAGCUGAGAUGGCAGAGGAGGAGAGAGGAGGAGAGGAUGGAGGAGGAGAGGAGGAGGCGUCAGGAAGCUGUGGAGCAGCAGCGCAGAGAGCGGGAGAGAGCCUUGGAGCUGCAGCAGCAUCAGCAGCAGCAGCAGCAGCAUCAGUGGGCUGGUGGCUCCCAUGGCUUUGCCAAUGUCCAGUCGUCACUGUCCAUUACAGACAGGAUGAAAUCUAAAUCAUCUCCCCAGCUUGAUGAAGAGGAAAAACCUCAGACAAAAGGUGUGCAUGUGCAGCCGGGGGGCAUGGCUCACUGGCUGCUGGAGGAGCAGGUGAGGAGUGCGCGUGACAAACAGGCCCGGAGUCAGCGGGCUGCGUCAGAGCUGGAGAUGGAGAGGAGGAACAUCCUCAAUGCCAUGAGAUACAGAGAGCCAGAGAGAGUGGCAGGCAGUGGAGCGGGCGAGAAGAAGGGUCAGCAGUCAUCGUCGCAGGCAGAGCUGGAGCGGCAGCAGAUCCUGAACGAGAUGAAGAAGAAGACACCGCUGCUGAUGGACAAAAGCUGGAUCCGUCAGCGCUCCUCCACCAUCUCCACCGUCAAGGAGUCUGACGUGCCACCCAUGCGCAGAGGUGAGUCUCUUGACAACUUGGACGCUCCCUACAACUCCUGGCGCUCAUCGUUGACGCCCAGAAACAACUCUCACAUCCAAAACUACUCUCGGCCUCAGUCUGCCCUCUCUGGCAGCACUUCCUUUUACGGUGGCGGGUCGGGGGCCCAGCGGCCCGGCAGCUCCACUCUGCCUUCCUCCUACUCCAUGGGCUCCCUCCGAGGCGGGGCAGGAACCCCCUCGUCCCCUUGGUCCCGGCAGUCGCCUUCCCCCACACCCUCCUCCCCGUCACCCACCACCUCUCCAGAGCCCACGUCUGAGGCAGGCGCCCCUCAGCAGCAGAGCAGGUCAGUGAGUGGCAAGAAAAUCUGUACGUUCUGUGACGAACCGCUGGGAAAGGGAGCGGCCAUGAUCAUCGAGUCCCUUGGGCUCUGUUAUCAUUUGAGCUGUUUUAAGUGUAUCGACUGUAAGUCUGAACUCGGAGGAACGGAAGCCGGGGCUGAAGUCCGGAUACGAAACAAACAGCUCUACUGUAACUCCUGCUACGUGCGAUUCAAAGCUGGUCAGCCAACCUCUAUGUGACGUGACUGUGCUCCAGCAGAUUGAUGAAGAGACUACUUGUGACAACAACCCAUGAGCAUUAAAGUGUACAUUGAAGCCAUUACAAAUAUAUCUGGGACACUUGGUUUGGACAUACUUCCGUUUAUGAGACCCAGCUGACUCGCUGAUGAGAAUUAUAUUUGGGGUUUUUUUUUUUUUUUCAGUGUGUGAUUGAGAGGGUAAGCUUGCAAAGAAGUUAUCUACUUUAAUGUGUUUAUAUCCUAUUAAGUAUUACAGUUGUACAAAAUGUAAGGGUUCUGCAUGCACCGGAGAUUUUAAAUGUUUUAGCCACGAAACUAGUCGUUAAAUUGUCUGUAAGAUUAUUGAGGCAGAUCUUUGUAAUCACCGAGACAGAUUUUUGAGAGAGAUUUCAAGGUUUCAAUCCCCUCUAGCUCGUGCUUCUUUUUCCGCUGAGUCUUGUGGUAUUAACACGUUUGUCAACCAAUGUAUUCUUAUCAUGUCUAUGUGCCUUUUCAUUUGUGGGAGAAGUAAUUAAGAUUAUUAGAGUUCUUUCAAAACAUAUUUAAAACCAUCUGCUUGGAUAGCACUUUUCACUGAUAGAUGGAGGAGUGUAUACACACAAGCAGGUUUCCGUGUGAAGGAUAUAUAUCAUACUAAAUGGCAUUGAGGCAAACGGUAACAUUUGUAAAUAAAAUGACUAAAAUGCUCAUCUCGUGUGCUUUCGUUUACUUUUUUUCAAAUUGCAUAAUUCUUUGUAAUGAUAUUCCAGUGCGUGAUGCAAGGCUUUUCCUGCCUCUGUAUUCAGAAAUCAUUAAACUCAUCUUUCUCUG